CGACCACGAACGGCCUUCGACACACACGCGCCACACCCCUGCUCGACGCCACGGCUCCGCACCGCCGCGCACUGCUCUGCCUGCACCUGCACCUGCACCUGCACCGCCGUCCCUCGCGCGCUGCCCCCCGGCGCCCAUUGCCUGCGAGCCUGCGAGCCUGCAAGUCUGCGAGGCCCGCGCCGCCAGCUCCAGCGUCGCCAGCUCGCGCCUGCGCCGCCCGCCCGAAUGCGACAGCCUGCGCGACGCGCCGCCCCCCAACACCCGCAGCACGCCGCCCCCGCCCGCCCGCUCGAGCGCAUGCAUCGCCUCGACGCGGCAUGAAGAUCUCAUCGCCCCCGGGGCUGCACUAUCCCAUCACGGUGCUCGAGCUGCUGAAGAAGCCCGAUGACGGCGUCCAGCGCUCCGAGCGCCUGUUCACGUACACGUACGAGAGCACCGUGACCGAGACGAACAAGUGGGGAGAGGAGAAGACGCGCAAGAAGACGCUGACCACGCACUUCGCCGCCAGCACCGACGGCCGCAUCGCGCGCUGGUACAUCCGCGCCGGCGCCGUCGUCGCGCGCCCCGGCACCGCCAUCGUCGACAUCGAGGAGCCAUGCACCCACGAGAUCCAGUUCGGCGGCCUCUGCGCCGAGUGCGGCCAGGACAUGACCCAGAUCGACCAUCUCACCCUGCGCAGCAACACGGACCGCGCCACCGUCAAUAUGACCCACGACAACGUCGCCCUGCUCGUCAGCCACGACGAGGCCCUGCGCGGCGAGGAGGAGACCAAGAAGCGCCUGCUGGACUCGUCCAAGCUGACGCUCAUCGUCGACCUCGACCAGACUGUCAUCCACACCACCUGCGAGCGCACCAUCGCCGAGUGGAAGGCCGACCCCGACAAUCCCAACCACGACGCCGUCAAGGACGUCGAGGGCUUCCAGCUCGCCGACGACACCGUGUCCAACGUGGCCGCCAACUGGUAUUACGUCAAGAAGCGCCCCGGACUGCAGGCCUUCUUCGACCGCGUGUCGACCAAGUACGAGAUGCACGUCUACACCAUGGCCACUCGCGCAUACGCCCAAGCAGUGUGCCAAAUCAUUGACCCCGAGCGCAAGUACUUUGGCGACCGCAUCCUCAGCCGCGACGAGAACUACACGGACAAGCUCAAGAGCCUGCAGCGCCUCUUCUAUCACAACACAUCCAUGGUAGUCAUCAUCGACGACAGGGCAGACGUGUGGCAGUACAGCCCCCACCUCGUGCGCGUCCCCGUCUUCAAUUUCUUCCCGGGCGCCGGCGACAUAAAUGCAAGCUUUCUGCCCAAACAGCAGGAGCUCGUCACCCAAUCUAAACCUCUUGCAGCGUCGCCCGUCAAGCCCGAAGCUGCUCCCGUCGCCGCCCCUGGUCUCGGCAAGCCUACUGCAGCCACGCCAGCAGAGGGCAUCAACGGCGUUGGUGAAGCACUCGAACAACAGCUGUUGUCUAUGGCAUCUCCAGAAACGCUAGACGAGCAGACCAAGGAGCAAGAAAGAGUGAUUGUUGCACAACAAACAGAGCGGCCUCUGCUGCAACAACAGCUCAUGCAGGACAAAGCAGACGAGGAGGCCGAGGCCGAGGCCGAGGCAGAAGCAGAAGCAGAAGCAGAGGCAGAAGUAGAGACGAGCGAAGAGCAUGACGCUGCGAACGGCGAUUCACAACAUGUCGACCCCCCCAAACACCGACACAGCAUCCUGCAUAAUGAUGAUCGAGGCCUAGAUGUCAUUGAAAAUAACCUCAACCGAGUGCAUGCGGCCUUUUACGACGAGUACAGGACAGCAAAGGCAGUCGGGCCGGCAGGACGGGUGGCUGCGCUCAAGGGCGAGAGGAGCCCGAAGAAGCGCCCUAUUGACUCUAUCCCCGAUGUCGCAGAGUUGAUGCCGGCGAUGAAAAAGCAAGUGCUUGACAACACGGUCGUGGUGUUUUCUGGCAUCAUACCACUCGGCGUUGACGUUCAGACAACUGAUUACGCGCUUUGGAUCAAGAGCUUUGGCGCCGAAGUGUCGACCAACGUGGACCGGCGAACAACGCACGUCAUUGCCAACCCUGACCUGAAGACCACCAAGGUUAAGAAAGCCGCACGCUAUGAGAAGAUUAAGAUAGUCAAUCCCGAGUGGAUGUUCCAGAGCUGCUCAAGAUGGGAGCGUGUUGACGAGACACCCUACCUCAUCAAGGUCGAUCCAGCUGAGCGCGGGGCGUCGCCCUUCCAUGAUGACAGCCUUGAGGGUUCGGGUGGAGAGGAGGCAGAUGGGCUCGUGGAUUCGCCAGUAACGCUCAACUUGACGGCUGACAACUGGGACUCGGUGGAUAAUGAAUUAGCCGAGUUCAUGGAGGGCGACGACACAGACGGCUCACAUGGGUCGGACUCGGACAGCGAGCGGUCCGAUGAUAGCACGGCGUCGACCUCGAGCCGGAAGCACAAGAAACGAAAGCGUACCAACGGCAACACGACUGACGGCAGCGAGGCAUACGAGAGCGACAGCAGUGUGACAAGCACAUCCCGCCUGCAGCGGCGGAAGAAGCGAACCAUGGAGCGCGUGACAUCACUGGCAAAUGUCGUCACGGCGGAAAAGUCGUCAGGUCUACCGACACCGGAAGCAACAGGGGUAGAGGCGCUGCCGGCAGAGGAGCUGAAGCAAGGUCCUGAAGAGAACGGGGUUGCGCCAGAUCUGCAGGCGGACAACGACGACGCGCUCGAGGCCGAGCUUCUGGCGGGAUUCGACAGCAGCGACGAGGAGGCAUGAGCGUGCGCAGUGGAGGGGGGACGUGCGUUUGACAGCAUCUGAUUUGCCUGCAUAGCGUGGUGUUUGGCAUUUGGCGUUCUUUGGGGGACAUGUUUGGUCACUGGGUCACUGGGUUCUGGUUCGUGGCCUGCACAGGGCACUCUUGCAUGUACUGUGCCAUGCACGUUUAUGUAUUCAACUCUGUACACAUGAGGCGCUCUUGCAUGUGCUGUGCCAUGCGCGCCCAUGUAUGCGAUUCUGUACACAC